AUGGAUGAUGAUGAUUCAAUCGAUUUGUCCGAUACCGAUGAAUUCAUGCUUGAUAUUGAAAUAAAUCCUGCUAAUGUUCAAGACGUUAUCAACAUGGCUUUAGCUGACGAUAAUAGUAAUAGUAAUUUACCAACAGUCACUACUAUUACUUCUGAUCUAACACCGAUUUCGGAUGAACUACUGAAUUUCGAUGGAAAUAAAUUUGGUGAAGAAUUACUUCAGAAAGCUGAUUUAGAAAAGGGCUUAUCAGAACAUUGGAAAACGUUUGUGCCGCAAUGUUACGUUUAUCAUACACAAUUGAUCAAAGGUAUCAACGAACUGCGUGCGCAAGAUAUUCUUUUUCGGCCAUUGAAUGUUUAUUUAUAUGGGACAUUGAAAAUUGAUGAAGCCAUAGACAAAAUUCGAUCAUUCAAUAAACCAUCCACUGUUUGUGGACAUCUAUUUAAAGCUGAAGAGCCGACGUACUUUUGUCGAGAUUGUUGCAUCGAUCCGACAUGUGUCUUAUGUACAGAUUGUUUUCUUCAAAGUGAACAUCGAAAACAUCGAUAUAAAAUGAAUGUUUCUGCGGGUGGAGGCUACUGUGAUUGUGGAGAUAGCGAAGCUUGGAAACAACAUGUACAUUGCAAUAUACACUUACCACGUGGAGAUGAUAGCGAAUCGCCUGAUGAUGUGCUGAAUCGUUUACCAGCUGACGUUCGUCAACGUGCAAAAGAUUUAUUUGGGAUUUUACUUCGUUUUAUUAUAAAACUACUUUUUACUGAAAACUAUCAAGACAUACCAGCGGAACUAAAGAAUGAAUAUUGGGAUGGUGAUCACGAACGAUAUGCGACGAUGUUGUUUAACGAUGAAGUUCAUACUUAUGACCAAGUGAUCAAUGUUUUAAACCGUGCAAUACAGUGUUCAAAACACGAAGGUCACGAAUUCGCGUCACUAGUUGAUCGCGAAGGUCGUACAGUGAUUCGAAUAGGUACAAUGGAACAAUGUCGUGAAGCGCAACAGACAAUUCGUACGCGCACUGUCGAGAAUCCAUUGAAAUGUGAAAUCUAUCCUAGUUCAUUUAUUUCACUACAAUAUUUUGCCCAGAAACUUCUAACUUAUCUUCAAGAUACGAUCGCAAUCUCCGAUGGCUUCCGACGCAUAUUUUGUGAAUGUGAAAUGGAACGCGAUGAGCAACAGAACAUCGCUCUUACCGAAAAAGUCCUACUAGGAGAAAAGUUCGUUUGGAAAAGCGCCAGAUCAGCAUUGCAUCAAAUAUUCAUCAACAGCUUUUUUAUGGAUGCUGACUGGAAGAAAACAUUUGCAAUCCUAUAUAUGAAAAAUUAUGCGACAGUUUGGCGAAAUUUUGUCAAAGAUCCCGACGAAUAUGUUUCAUUUACCGAUCUUUCUGUUCAAAUAUACACUGUACCAACUUUGUGUUAUCCGAAUCUUGUCCGACAAUAUCGUACUGACUCUACUACCAUUUUUCGUACUGAUUGUUUCUUGAAACUAUCGGUUCAACUAUUGACGACUCAAAGUCUUGCGAGAUAUUUGAUAUCUUCACAUAAUGCAUUUCAAACAAUAGUAGAUGCAUUCCUUGAGUAUUGCCAAUCGAAAGUUGAAAACGGUCGACUGAUCUUUUCAAGAACAAUGAAUACAAUCCUACAUCAUGAGUUUCGGCGUGCUCAAUCAAUUCUUUAUGAUUUAAGAUACCUAUUAGGUGUUAUUCCUGACCAGUACACAUCUGAACUACGCGAAAAUUUUAUCAACGGUUUUCGAGCGUUUCUUCAGUUGUUAAAAUUUAUGCACGGUAUGGACAAAGUGACACGACAAGUCGGCCAACACAUCGAAUUCGAUCCAGAAUGGGAAACUGCGUUCAAUUUAGUCAUUAAAACGCAAACAGUUAUCGCAUCGAUAUUGGAUUGGUGUUCCUCUGAUGCCGAAUUGUUACUUCGUGCAUACGACGUAGCUGGUUCAGUUUUAGGCGAGAUAGAAAGGACAACUGACAUUUCACAUUUAAUUAAAGAUAAAAACAAUUCACCAAUUGUGAAAACAUCUGUGCAUGAUCUCAAAGUCGACUGUUUUGCAUACGAUGUAGCUAAAGAUCCUGUCACAGUACACAUACCGGUUGUUAGACUCUUUGUUGCUUUGCAUGCUCAUCUACAAAAAUAUGCAGAUACAAUGGCAACAUUUACUACUAUAUGCGAGAAAUACAAAGUACAUUCGUGUUUUGUCUAUGAAGAGUCCUUACGAAUUCAAGUUCUGAGUGCUCAACAUGAGGCUGGUCUCUGGAAGCGUAACGGUCACUCACUGUCAAAUCAAAUUUAUUACUAUUCAAAUGUCAAAUGUCGAAAAGAAAUGUAUGAUAGAGACAUACUUGCCUUACAAGUUGGUGCUUCAUUGACACCAGCUAAUGCGUUUUUUGUUCAAUUACUUCAUAAAUUCAAUUUAUUGGAGUGGGUUCGCUCUCCGGAGAAUGGUCAUUCGUCCGAUACAGAAUCGAAAAUCAAAGAAAAGGUGCGAAUUAUGGAAGAAUUUCUUUGCUUGCUGCUUGUUAUUGUUGGCGAACGAUAUGAGCCAGGUGUUGGUAAAAUAACGCGUGACCAAAAACUGACACGAGAAGUUAUUCAUCAGUUAUGCAUUUCACCCAUGGCACAUUCGGAGUUAAUACGAGGCUUACAAGACUCUGGACAAUUAGAAACAGGAUCAGGCGAUUUAGAAAGCAUCUUGAAAGAAGUGGCAGACUUUAGACGUGGCAAUGCAACAAAAGGAAACUAUGAAUUGAAAGCGAAUCGAUUGUCCGAAUAUAAUCCAUUCUACUAUCACUAUACAAAAGCUGAUCAAUGCAAAUCUGAAGAAUACGUAAUCAAACGUCGAAAAUUGAUUGAUGAUGGCAGUCCAACAACACUACUUCCUCCUUGUCCACCAUUAUUUUCCGAAGCGUUUCGGCCAAUAGUUCAUCUUCUUGACUGUGAUAUAUUUCUAACGUUACUUAGAGCGUGUCUCUAUCGAUCAACAGAUCCCAAAGCUCAGCUAUGGUCUGAAGCUAUUCUAAAUCGCGCAUUACAUCUGAUCAUAUUGGCUUUUUACGAACAAGAACGCGAACCGAACUUUCAAUUUUAUUCCAAAUGUCAAAAAUGUGAACUCAAUAAGUUAUUUAGUCAAUUACAUCUUCAUGUACCAAGCAAAGCUGAAAUCUGCAAAGAAUUGAUCAAUCAUAUCAAUAAACUUUUUGGAAAACAUAAUGAAACUAACGAACAAACCCUGGGAUCAUCAACAAUCAGCACCCUCCAAGAAACCGAAGAUCUAUCCAAACGUGCCCACCGUAAACGCAAAGAUCUAGCAGCACAAAAACGUGCUAAGAUCAUUGCACAUAUGACCGAAUUACAGAAGAAUUUUAUGGAAAAAAAUCUUUCGCUGUGUGGCGAAAGUACCGACGAACAACAAUCACCAGACCCACAGAUUUUUUCCACAUCUCCGGACACGAUACCAAAAUUCGAACCGAUGCUUGUCGAUGAUAUGCGUUCAACUAUACAAUCAUGCUUAGGAACAUAUGAUACCGAUGGAUCACAGUCGAGCAAACAUUCAAUAACGUGCAUUUUCUGUCAGGAAAACAGCGAUGUCAAAUUGAAUGCUGAAGCUAUCGUCUUACCAGCUUACGUACAAAACUCAAGAGUCUUAUCGAAAAAUCGAUCGAGACGAAUCGAAAAUUGGGACGCAUUUGAUUCGACAUUCAUGUCCAAUGAUCUUCAUUGGGGUGUACAUGUUUCAUCAUGUGGCCAUGCUAUUCAUGCCUCAUGUUGGACGAAGUAUCACAACUCAAUAACAUCUCAGGAUCAUCGCCGAGCAUUACGUAUACGUGGUUCGGCAAACUACGAUACUGACCGCAAUGAAUUUCUUUGUCCACUAUGUCAAACUUUAAGUAACACAAUCAUCCCAGUUCUCCCAGCAUUACGUACCUUUGCCCGCGAAAGAAAAGUAGCACAAAUAUCAUUCAGCGAAUGGCUAGAUGGACUAGAGAAAGCAUUGAAUGGUAGCAUUGAAUCUCGAUAUGAAAUUGAAACACAUGAAGAACAACUGUUUUUCAAUCCAUGUCCAUUGACAUCAAUUACGAAAAUGAUGGCUGAACGUGCUGCGCAAAACUUCCAGUUACUAUUCGGUUUUCCAGGAGAUUCAAGAGUUCAAGAUUUCUCUGACAGUAUUCGUGAACGUUUAUUGAAUUUUGCUAAUAAUGUUUAUGUGUUUGGAUUGAACGUUGAUCUCGAUGAUGCAAAUGAUCGUGUGCCAUUGAUCGUUUGGACAGCUUGUGCAUAUACAAUUCAAUCAGUAGAGCAAGUUCUUCGCAUCGAUUCGAAAUCAAUCUUUUCUCAGUUGUCAAUCCGACAAAGUGAACUUAUCAAUUCUUUGACGAAAGUUGCUGCUGUUUAUGGCUUAUUAAACGAUAGUGAAAAAAUACGCAAACAUUGCUUGAAAUUAUUAUCAGUGCUUCUUCUCUCUCGUACAACCAUUCAAAUUCCAUCGUUAGUCGAGAUUGAUCUAUUUCAUUUAUUGAUUUCGCUUUGUUUUACUCUGCCAAUACUAUUCGCCUCGAAAGAAGUUUCUCCGUCAUUAACGCAUGUUCCAACCGGAAAUCUCAAUGAUCUCUAUCUAAUGAGAUUGAUUGUCAUGGCUCAUUGCAUACAAAUUCUCUCAAGUCAAGGAUUCUUAUGCGACGAUAAAGAGAAUAUUUCUCAACAACAGACGAAAACGAAAGCCAACGAUGAAGCAGAGAUACAAACUAUUCAAGCGUUAGUAGACAAAAUUACCAAGAUUCAAAUACUGACAUCAUCAUCUACUCAAAUCUUAUCGCCAGAACGUAUUCGUAACAAACUCAAACAAUCGCUACUCCCACUGCUCCGUUGUUCAGCACUUUUCUAUCACCAAAUCACUGGAACUGCAUGGCCAGCAGAGAUGGUAGAUUUCGAUGAAUAUUCUGCUAUUUGUCAAUAUCUUGGCCUACCGACAAGUUUAUCUGAAUUAUUGGAUACAGAUAACGAACGAUGUGUCAACGAUUUAAUCAAUAGUUGGAUUUCAAAUUCGUCUACUGGCAAAUCAUGGGUUAAAUAUCCGGUCUCAAUCAAUGAAUUACAUCCAUUACCAAAGGAAUACAUCGAUCUAAUGAAUCAAGUAUCUCAAGGCGUUGCACCAUACAAAUAUGCCCGUGAUGAAAUACGUUCACCAUGCAUAUGUCUCAUUUGUGGCGAUGUUGUUGUUCGAUCAUCAUCAACAAAUUCGCCUAUUCCUCCAACGGCAAAUGGAAUUAUUUCCGCAUAUCUCAAUCCUGAUCAAACAGCUGGCCCGUGUAAUAUUCACACACAACAAUGUUGUGGAACAGUUGGACUCUACUUGCGAGUGAAAGAAUGUUCGUUACUCUUGUUGAAUAUCAAUAAUGAUGGACGAAUCAACAAAACACGUGGAACUUUUAUGCCCGCCCCAUAUUUGGAUGACUAUGGUGAAACAGAUCAAAAUCUCAGAAACAUCAUCAUGUACAACGAAUUAGAUCUUUUCGUACGUGGUAAUCCUUUGCAUUUGUGUGAAGAGCGAUAUCGGGCAUUGCAUCGACGAUGGUUGGGCCAUACGAUUCCUGAAGAUAUAUCACGAAAUAUAGAAGUCAACAACACAUCGGUCUAUGGGCAGAAUUGGAUUCAAUUUUAA